AUGUCUCUAAGGGCCCUAAACCUGCUUCUUGCUGCAGUUGCCGUGACCCAGUUCGCUGCCGCCGCGCCAUCUGAACCUACGCCAUCUGAACCCACGCUAUCUGAAACCACCAACAUCCGAUCCUUGAAGAUUGGCGAUGUCUAUCAAAUGGGUGGACUGACUUGGAGAGUCGAACCGCUCGCACUACGAACGCGCACCGUUGCUCCCUAUGGAGAAGCUGAAGUUAGCGUUCGGAACCAAGACUCUUGUCGCCAUAUCACAAUAGCCCAUACUACUGUCGCUUACUAUGUGGGCAAUAUUAUAGCUUUCUGCGAUGAUUUUACUGGAUGGGCGCACCGCACUACUGACAAAAGCAUUAUUAUGAUCGGGGAACCGAAUGGCGUUCCUCCCCCAGCUUACAGUCCUCGCUGUAACUACUACUGA